AGCAUGAUAAGAUGGAGAACAUGCUAUAUGCUGAGGAGCUGGUGAGAGAGUUUCUUGUUUUUAGAGGGUUUACAAAUACUUUGCAAGCUCUUGAGGCUGAGUUAAGCACAGAUAUAGGCAAAGGGUUUCAAGUGGAUAAGAUAUUGGAGUUAAUCUUCUUGGUAUAUAUUCUUAAGUUUCAAGCAGAAAAAUUGGUUAGUUUACUGUGUUUUUUCAAGAAGUGCUUUUCGUCAUCAUCGGAGACAUACUUACUGCUUACUCUAUUAAAACUUGAGAUCUCUAUUCUACGCUACUAUAUUGUUCAUGCCUUACAAUCAGGAAGAAAAGACAAAGUUGUAGAGUUCUUUGGAAUUAAUGGAAAUGAUUUGCUGCAGAGGGGCCAAGAUUGGGCUCCAUGGAUUGGUGGUCUUCCUGCCCUCUUGAAGAUCAGUUCAGAGAAGAACACUGUAAACCGUCUCAAAAAGGACAUCAAACAACUUAAUGUUAAGCUGUCACAACUUCAGGCCUUAUUGGAGGUAAAAGAGGCUCAGUUAAACCGGUUAAGGAAUAAUGCUGAGUCAAUGAAGGGACAAACUAAGUGUUCUACUCCAUCAAGUAGCUUGCAUGAAGAAAAUGUUCUUUCUGCAAACAGUCAAGAAGCUUUUUCUACUGCUAUAACAGAUUUAGAUGAGAUAGAGCCCGGUCAGGAAUUGGCCACUAGUCUACCAGCCAAAGUUUUGUCGAGACUUACUGGACCCAAGUCUGGAAAUGACUCAAAUUUAAAAAGCAAGAGAAGGUUGCAUUUGGGGCCGUCUAUUGGAAGAGCUGAAGAUAUUAAAUUGAAUUUAUCAAUUUUGAGUCCGGCUUCUUUUGUAGUAGCUUUAAGCAAGAAGUAUAGGAAACCACUUAUUGAAGAGAAUGGUAGAGAAAUGCUGGGAGAAGAAGAAUUCCCAGAAUUGAAAGUAGAUUUCCAGGAGACAUUUUUGGGCCACACCGGUCCCAUCAGUCGCUGCCGCUUUUCUGCAUCUUGAAAAAAUAUAGCUAGUGCUUCUGUGGUUGGCACUGUCAGUAUAUGGACACAUGACUCGUCAACUCCAGCUUCUAGAAAUGCAACCAUAUACUGUGGGGCAGAGAUUAUGUCGCUUGAGUGGGAAUGUAAAUCUGACCGGAUACUCGAGAGGGGGCGUGACAUUGGCACUGCUGAUGGAGGCAUUAAAGCAUGGAAUGUUGAUGCUAAGGGAGUUGUCUGUGAUCUCAAUACAACUGAAGCAUUUCCUAGUGUCUUGGACCUAAAGUGCAGCCCAGUAGAACCGAUAUUUGUUUCUGCUGCAGCAUCCAGAGGCUACGGCUCAAAUUAUACUGAUACUUGGGGGUUUGCCUCUUUAACUGUCUGGAACAUGAAGACAUGGAAAGCUAUGACAGUCCUUCCUCUUGGUGAAGAUCCACCAGCAAUAACUUCCCUUUGCUUCAAUCACAACGGAAAGAUUCUAGCAGCUGCUGCAGUAGAUGGAAUGAUCCACAUGUUUGACAUGUCUGCCGGUCUACAAAUUACUGGGUGGCCUGCGCAUGAUUCUGCUAUUAGCUCAAUUCUUUUUGGUGCUGAUGAAACAAGCAUUUUUAGCUUGGGGUCAGAUGGAAAGAUAAUUGAGUGGAGCUUGCAAAACCAAGGUCAGGUCCUUUGGUCAAGGAGUUGUAGGAGGUUCUUUGAACCUGAGACCUCAAAACAUUGUAGACAUGAGAUGGCUUUGGAUGCCAAUGGGAGGAGAUUAUUGGUAACAUCAGGUUCAGUAACGGCACCAGUAUAUCAGGUUCGAGGUCAUGCUAGCGGUUUCAGAACUCUUCCCCACACUGCAGCUAUAACAACCGUGGAUUGGCACCCAACCUUGCCUGUAUUUCUGACAGGCUCAGCUGAUCACUCAGUGAGUGUUCUACCUUCGCCUGUUUUCUCCUACCUAAUAUCUUUGAAGGCUUGCUGGUAAGUGAUUAUUAGUAAAGAAACUGCAGAAAUCUGCUGCAGUAAUAUACGUUUGGAGAGGUUCGGUGCUGACACAUUUUAUUUUUUUAACCA